AUGCAUGUUUGCCGACUUGGUCUAAGAGACCACAGAAAAAAGCCUGAAGGUUUGGAGCUAACCACCACAAAUGUUGCAGAGGCCAAAUCAAAGUGUAAGGAGCUGAAAUCAAAAGAGCGAGAGGGAUUGACCGUGCCAACACAGAGACCACAGGAGAGGAAUCCCAUUACCGGCGCCCACAAUGAAAACCGAAUACUUCGCAGAUCAAAGCGGGGCUUUACUUAUCCUGGGACACUGUGGUGCGGUGCAGGGAAUAUCGCAGAAAAUUAUGAUCAAUUAGGAGAAUUCGCAGAAACCGACAAAUGUUGCCGAGUUCAUGACCACUGUCCUUAUGUCAUCCAUGCGUUCUCCUCCAAAUACGGCUACACAAACUUUAGGUGGCAUUCAAUUUGUCACUGUGACUGUGACAACACGCUGAAGACAUGUUUGAGGAAGGUAAAUGAUACUUCCUCCAGGGUGGUUGGCCAAGCGUUCUUCAACGUGAUUGAAGUGCCCUGUUUUGAGUUUUCAUAUGAAGAGCAGUGUGUUGAGCGACACUGGUAUGGCAUGUGUAAAAGGUACGAUCGGGUUCCCGUGGCAGUCAUUCAAGAGUCCGUCCCUUACGAUUUUGGUGGUAUCAAUGUUAUUGAUGAGCUGACUCUACCUCCCCCUGCAAAUAAACUGUCUGAUUCAGACACGGAACAAGAGAAACGUGAGAGCACAACACAAUCUACUGUGUCAGGGUCCCAGAGCACGAAUCCUCAAGAGCCCUCGUUGAGGAAUGUGGUCACUGCAGCCGAAGACUUCAUCAAAGUGCUGGCCACAGUGUCUACCUCUCAGAGUUCAUCCACAGAAACCGCCAAAGGGGACAAAGGGGAAACACAAAGUGCUCCUCAGAGCAGCCGACCCGAGGAAACGGUCGGUCAGAACAACUUUGUGGACGAUCCGGGUAAGAUCGAUCAGUUACUCACGAACGUUGACAACUUUAUGAAUGGUAAAUUUGAUGCCGGGGAGACAGAGGUCAAAGGAAAGGGCGGGGAGAAAGAGAAUGAGGAAAGUUACAGCUCCUGCCAUGGGGGAAGGAGAGCUUAA